GACUGAACUGAAUCCGCUUUAACGUCGACGUGCUGCGAAAUUUCAUCCUUUACACGGUCAGAAAAUUCUACCUUUUUGAUUUUUCUGAUAUUUUCGCUGAAAUGUUUUACUACCCUCAAGUUUUACAGCGACACACUGGAUGUUUUUCGACCAUAUGGUGAGUAUUACACUCCUUAUUUCGACGUUUAGCUUCAAAGUUCAGAGUUUGAAGCGGAUUGAAGUUUGUAUUCAGUAUUUCAUACGAGUGAGGAUUUCUAAAAGCUUGAAUAAGUGUAAACAUAAGCACAGAUCCUAAAGAUUUCCUGAGGUUUAAGUAUUAAUCUGUGUAAUUCACUUCGAUAUGUAAUGUAAAAAAGGAGUCAGCAACAUUUAAACACCAUUUUACCGAAAGACUACUAUAAAAAAGUUAAUGAUGUGAAUGAUUUAUGACUCUCCAUUAUUUUGACUCUUCAGGUUUUACUCUUUUGGUGUGUGUCUGAGAUUAGUUCCCCUUUAUUAAUACCAAGAAAGUUUUUAAUAUGGCCCUCAUAUAGAUUUAACUUUAAUUUCAUGCUCCAUGAUUUUAAAUCAAUCUCUGGGGUCAGGACAUGUAAGCACAGCUUAAUAAUAUAGUAAUGAAGUCAUAAUGUCCCUGAGUGAAGUGUUUGAUGGAUGUUUCACAUGAAUUUCGAGGGUUUAAAUCCUUUUUAAAGAUAAUUUCUUUCAGACUUUUCCUGCAUUAGAAUUCUAUUAAAGAAAAAGGUAGUAAUGGAUGUCCACAAUAGCAAGUUUUAGCUUCGCGUUUUUGACAGUGAAUAACCGUACAAAGGUUAGCUAUUUUUUAUUUGAAGUCAGGCAUACUUCUUAAAGUGUUCAUGUAUAUAAAAAAAGUCAGAGUGCAGGUGCAUGAGGAAGAAAGAAAACAACCAUAUGAAGAUGUAACACCGUCACCCCCACCCCGCCCCCAAAUUAAGAGUGAGCCUUUGAAGUUUAUUUUACAAAAAAACAACAGCUUUGAAGAAGAGAUCAAGGUCAAACAAAAAGAGGCGGGAAAAUGCAAAAGUUUUUUUUUUCCUCAUUUGUCUCUGAAAUCUACUGAGAGUAGUUUCUUUUUUUCGUUUAUUCAAUUCUGUUGAGGUUUUAACUUGAAAAGAGUUUUGUUGCCAGACAGAAAAAAGCUUACAGGAUGAAAAAUAUAAAACACAUAUACACAUGUAUUCCUUUAAUUCAGAAUUAAGGUUUAAAGAAAAACUAUAGUCAAGAAAAACCUACCGUGAGGACUAAACUCUAAAAUUUCUGUAUGGGAAUCACAGGAUUCUAAUUAAAGGGAUAUUCCGGUGUGAAAUUAAUAUAGGGUCAAACACACCGUAACGCCAAGUUAGACACCCCCUCAAGAGAUGAAUGUUGCCGACUGCUUGCUUCUCUAGUUAUACCAACUUUAGUAACGACAGCACGAUAUCAAUAUACAGCGGUCUGAGGAUGCAACCAAAACGUCACUCUAUAGUCACAAAUAAUGCUCAGAACAGCACCUAACGUCAUCAAUAGUACAUAUGGGGUCCCAGCCAUAGUACAGCCAUAUGUCUCCUUUGUUACUGCCUGCUGCACUGGUGGGGGAUUGGAUUGGUAAAUGACCUAGUAUCUGUGUCUCUUUUUCUCUUUAUGGCCAUAUAAUAAAACACCCCCAUUACUCUCUGUACACGAUCCAGGCUCGCUGCUACCAGAGGCAUCAGAGUGACUCGCCGUGACUUUCUGAAGGUCAACGUCAUCAGAACCUGGUAGGAAGUUAUAUUUGGUAACUGUCACAUACAAUCGUCUGAGCUCUGAUCUGUCCACUUAUCAUAAAACUAAUGUCCUGUGCAGUGACGACAUCAUGAACUACAUCCUGGAGCGGAUGCCACCACCGCUGCCUGAUCUGCCCCGCCCUCGCUUCUCCCUCUACCUCUCCUCCCAGCUCCAGUAUGGUGUCAUCCUCGUUUACCACCGACAGUGUGCGAUUCUCCUGGGUGAGAAAUGAUUGCUGUUAUAUCACCAAGAGAAACAGGCUCUGGUUCUUGACAUUGCUCCUGUGUUCUUUUAGAGGAACUUCAGUCCAUCGUGGGCCAGCUGGCAAAACAGAAGACACAGAAAAUUGAUAUGGAUGACCUCAUCAGGUGAGAACAGGUGCUCAACAUUUCUUAAAUUGUCCUCCUCUUAUAAACACUUUAUGACUCUUGUUUCCUGUCGAUGGACUUCCUGUUGUUGCUCAGACAAGCUCUGAACCUCCCUGAUGCCCUGUCGUUCCUGGAGGAGGCAGAAAGAGCUCCAGACCCUUUAUUUGGAGUGAUGCACAUGCUAGAUGCAAUGCCCAGUCCCAACACACUGAUACAGGUACCUGAAUAUAAAGAAAGACAGGAUUUGUAACAGUUUGCAGACUUUGAAAAUGAAACUAGAGCUUGGUCAAAUCUGAAUAAUAAUGAUGAUACAAAAAGUGUCUAUUUUGUGUCUCUCAGAUGAGUCAGGGAUUUCAGGGAGAAGCCUCUCCUGAGCCGUCUGAACAGACCAGAUCUCCUGCUGCUGCAGAUUUUGAAGGUGGGGAGAUGACUGAUGAAAUAAUGAUCUCUUCAGGGCUUUGUAGUUAUUGCAGCAACAGAAAAUAAAAAGGAAAAUAAAAGACAAAAGAUAGCUCAAUUGAGUUGAUUGCAACAGAAAUUAAAACAUUAAAUGCCUAAAAAAAUGACUUAAAAACACCAAAUUCUAGAUUGCCCGAAAUAUAUCAAUCAAUAAAAACAAAAAGAAAUGUUGGCUUGAGAUUGAACAGCACAAUGGUAUGACCCUAUCCCCAGAUUUACAUCUCCUUGAUUGAAGAGCUUGUCCUUAUGCAGAUUAAAUCUAAUGUGCCAUCAUGAGGCACUCAUCUGAUUCAGGAGAGCCCACCAAACAUCAAAAUGAUUAGACUCAUGGAGCGAAAUUAGAGCAGCUAUUUCUGUCAGAUUCAUGAGAAAAAACAUUUUUUUUGUUUUUGUUUUUGUUUUGUGAACAACAGCAGUCUGAUAAAGGUAACAGGUACAUUGCAAUCCAAUAAAAAAAUAAAUUAAAUGAAAAAAGGGCGACAUAGGGGUGUAGUGGUUAGCACUGUCGCCUCACAGCAAGAAGGUCCAGGGUUUGAAUCUGGGUCAGGGCGUUUCUUUGUGGAGUUUGCAUGUCCUCCCUGUGUCUGCGUGGGUUUACUCCGGUUUCCUCCCACAUCCCAAAAACAUGCAAGAGUGGGGUUAGGUUAAUUGGCCACUUUCAAAUUGCCUGUAGGUGUGAAUGUGAGAGUGGAUGGUUGUUCGUCUCUAUAUGUCAGCCCUGUGAUGAACUGGCGACUUGUCCAGGGUGUCCCCUGCCUUCGCCCGAAGAUGCUGGGAUAGGAAUAAUAUCAUCUGUUGAUUUAUGCUCUCUUUGUUUACAUUUCAAAAAUCUAAGUGCUUCAUGAGGAAUGCUCAUCUAAUAUGAAAGAAUACACAAGGCCUGCCCUCAUUAUUGAGUUUCCAGCUUCACUGAAAUGCCAUCACUAUAGAGUGACGUCUAAAACGCGAGCAGUUAUGUACAGUAUGGCUGUUUCAGAGAUAUGCAGUGAAAUACCAGCGGGUCAUGGGGGGCAGAGAUGCACACAGUAAUACAGAGCAGCAGGGAGGUUCUGCAGGUCAGCACGGAGCAGUAUAUCUUCAACAGCAUCCUCCUAAUGAGCUGAGGCUGAUGUUGCAGGGCAGGGGCAUCUCCAGAGAUUUUGGACUUGGCGAGAAAAAAAAAAAUAUCACAGAGCCUCACCAAACCUGAAAGACCACUCUGUUCAGACACGGAGACAACUGAUGUUUUUUUAAAUUAUCUUUUCCAUCAAAACAUUUUACUUAAAAAUUAUAUGAGCGUCAAUUGAGGACUUCAGGUUAAUUCAACUAAAAUAUAAAUUGGUUUUUAAAUCAAAGUAAAGUAAGUUUAAAUAUUCAUACUUUUGCAACCAGUGCAGGCUGCACUGAUUUGUUGUCGGCCAAAACAAGAAGGAAAUAGAUCAUGUGUUUCUGUUUUUGAGUAACUUUGGUUAUGUUGAGUUGGAUUAAAUGUUUCCUCUCCUGCUGUAGGUUUUUUAUUUUAACAGCAUCAUUAUUUUUUUAGGCAUUACUGCAUCUCCAGAAAGCAUCACUCUGAGAGAGACAGAGCCGGUGGCUAUUCCCGUCACAGAGGUCAGCCGUCAGAAGAAGCUCAUACACAUUUUAUAUAUUAUGUGUGCAUUAGUGUGGAAGGUUUCACCUCUCCCCGCUUUCAUCCAUCAGUCCAUUCUCUCUGUCUUCUUUCAUCUAGUUUGAGGGUGUGGACCUCGUGGAUCAGCAUCCAGAUACUAUUGAUCAUCUCAUGGCUCAACCAGACCAUUUUCUGGAAGGUGGGUGUCAAAAACAGGAACUAUUUUUUUAUCUGAAGAAUUCACAGUAAGGUUUUUGGAGACAGACAAAAAAGGGAGAAUGAGCUCAUUUGUAUUUCAACAUGAGAUAUGGAGAUGCCGAGGGAGGCAGCGACCCCUGAAGAGCGAGAGAGGGAGAUGGAAAGAGCUGAAGGAGCGGCAGACCUGGAGAGAGAGGGAGUGAGAGAUCCCACAGCAUCCACUGUUGAGUAAGUUACUCAGAUUCACAUGAAAUAAUCAAACAAAUUCCCUCAUGCACUGACGGUGUCUCUAUCAUUGCCAGAUUACAGCCCACAACUACUCUCUCUGAUGAGGAAGCCAUGCUGUUGCCUCAGGAGGAGUCUGCAGAGAGACGUAGACCCCCCACAGACCAGACCACCCCGGUCUCUGUGCCCCCUCCUCCUUCUCCACCUCCUGCAGUGAGACCGGCUCUUGAGGUACAAGCUUGAAUGGUUUUUGAUUAUAGACGUGGUGCGGUACCACUUUAAGAGGUGUAAUGACCGAUUAAACAUUUAUAAACGUUUGAAUGAUCCUUUAGUUUUGAUGAAUGAAGAGACAUUUACAGAAGAUUUAUAAACAGCACUUCUAAACCCAUAAUUAAGUGUUCCUCUUUAUGAAGUGGUACCCAGAAUGCAGUUGGAUGAAGCAGUGGUAACUUGUUUUUGUGUAACUCACUCAUAGGAAGUUCCUCCUGCUGAAGAGAGGCAGAGGAGGAGGGGGAGAGGGAGGAGGCAGCUGAUCUUCUUUGACCCUGAGACACAGAUCCCACAGGAGGAACUGCAGCAGCAGAUCAACACCCCCGGCUUGGAGACCAGAGCACCCAGUCACCCACCGCCCUCUUCUCUCAGGAUGACCCCUGCUGCAGAGCUCUUCAACAUGCCCUGCACCCGUCAGUAACAACACGCCAACUAGACCUCUUAAAUACACCAGUUAAAGGCUGUGAUCACCAACACACACAUUCGCUGGACCCAUAGAUUGAACUUAAACAACGGAAACAUCCACGCUAUUGCCAAUUAACUGUUAUUAGUUGUGUGAUGAAUGAGGUCUGGGGAAGAAACAGGUGCCUGUAGUUCACUUAUUAAUGGUAUGGACUCUGGUAAUAGUAAUAAACAUGAUAAUUAUAAUAACUUUAUUUUUAUAGCACUUUUAAAAACACAAGUCUACAAAGUGGUUUGACAAACAGUCAAACAGCGCAGAACAUCAGGACAUGGAAACAAAAACAGUUAAAACAAGGCCUACGAAGUGAAGGCCAGUUUAAUUGUCAUAAGGAACCCAGACAAUACAAGAACCUAACAAAAUAAAAUGAGACCAAAAUAAAAACAAAAAAUAGGUAAUAAAAAUAAAUGUAAUAAAAAAGGGGGGUUGAAAGCAGAAAACAGGUUUGUAAAUGUAAAAAGACAAUAGUAAUAAUGAUAAUAAAAUAAUAACGAAAUAAUAAUGGUAAUAAUAGUAAUGAUAAAAUAGAAUAACAAAAAUGAGCAAGAAAAAAACAAUAAAAUCAAUAAAAAGGCCUAAAAGACAGUAAGCUGAAAAACGAUUGAGGUAAAAGAGAUAAAAGAUGUAGUAUCUUGAAAUGAGACACAUGAACUUAGUAAGUUAAAUACUGCACUGAGGAAAACUGGGUGUUGGAACUAGAAUCUACUUAGACCCUAAUGUAAAUGAAAUUAAAUCUGAUCAUAUUGACAAAUAAAGCACCUUUAGUGUAAAAGGUAAAGCUCUGCAGCAUGAGCGUUACAUCGAUAGAAAAGCAUAGAACGAGUCAAAAGAUUUUAUGACGCUCUUUAGUGUCACGCUGUGAGAUAUUUGACCUCAGCAUGGUUCACAUAUUGACGAGCGAUGUCAGUCUAAAGCCAUGUUAGCAGCUUUAUGACAAGACUUCCUGCUGUCAAACACAAAAUACAUCUGAGGUUGGUGGGAACGUCGGUCAUUUCCAGUAACCAAAUCAUGAACCGUGUUUGAUUCAGUGCUGCAGCUUAUGUAUUAUGAAACAGGAGCAGAGAAAAACUAUCUGACAGAUUGACGCUGCCAUGUGUUCAGCAAUGCCACCAGAGUAUCUAAAUAUACACUUUGAAAUGCCGACACAUUUAUGGAGAUUAAUUCAUUUAAUUACUGAAAACAAAUGGCUCAGAUACUGGCACCAGGAGUAUGUGAUGUACAGCCGCUAUGCCAGGUACUAAUAAACUCUUACUAAGGACUGCAUCAGUACAGACUUCAGGCUGUGGGUUGAUGUUUUGUUUGGACAACAGCAGCCUGACAGUCAUGAUACACCACCCUGCUUUUCCUUGGGUCAAGCAAUGACUAAGAGUGUCACCAUAGAUACCAUAAACACUAGUAAUCCACGAAAUAAUCCAAUCAGACAGGAAUACUAUUAUGUAAUUGUGUUCCCAUAAACACAGGAGAACACCCGUCUCCCUGUGUUACACUGUGAAAAUGAUUAUUUGUGCCGUCAACUAAUCCUGCAGAUUUCCUGUUGACGGUGAAAAAGGUUGUUGAUUUCUCAGUGAUAUAAUUCGGUUAUACGGAGAUGAUUGGCAGAGCAGCUAUUUUUACACAACUUGUUUUCUGCACCCUUUUUUUGAAAAAAUAAUCCACAGAGCUAUUUCUCCCCUGCAGCGUUGCCUCCAGAAGUGCUGUUACUAUGGAGACGAGCUGCUACUGUCAGGUCUGUCUCAGGCUCAGACCUGCAGGUCGGGGAGAGAGGGCCAGAGUCCACCGACACUGAGAGAGAAGGACAGCCAGAGACGGUGGAGGCUGCUGAGACAGAGCAAGAGAGACUUGGACUCAGCCCCAGGGAGGUGCGCAAUUGUGUGUUUGUUUGUGAGUCAAAUAUAGGGGUUGCAAAAUUAUGGGAAUUUUCUAAGUUGGAAACCUUCCAUGGGAAUUAAUGGGAAUAAACCUGAAAUUUACAAAAUUGAAGGUUGGCCCUCAACAGGGAACUAAAAUAUAGUCGGGGAAAAUAAUCUUGGCGAAAACAACCAGAUUUGUUGCAAGAACACUCCUCAAUCACAUAAACACAGCACACUGCUUUCUGCACUUUUGAGCCCACAGACUAUAUAAAGUCAAGUAAGUUUUGAUGAUAUUAUGGGGUAAAUAUAUUUGAUCUAUAGUAGUAUUAAUAAUUAACUUGCAAAAAUUAAAUAAAAAUAGGUGCUAAAUGUAAGCUAAUUUUCAUUUUAUUGGCCAUUUAAGGGGCUAGCUUAUUAUGGUGGUGGUACCUACCUCAAAUGUAAUGCUGUUCCUUCUGACUCCUGCAAGACGGUUUUCUUUAACCAUACAAUGAUUUAUAUAUCAAUAAUCAAAUAUUUUGAAGACCAUUCCAGUUGUUUAGCCAACUAUAUUUCUGUUCAUGCCAUUGCAUUAAUGUUUUUACAAGUUUUUUUUGUUAUCUUAUUCUACAGAAAAAUGCCAAGUUCACCAUCUGAUGUGUGUCAUGUUUUUUAAUUGUAUUAUUUUGCAUGGAUGUCUGCUUAUGACAAAACAAAAAUAUUUACAUUUAUGUUUGGAUAUGAUACAGUUUGUUUAAAUUAACCCCAAUUUCCAGUUAAUUCCCAUAAAUUCCCAUAAUUCCCAUGGAAAGUUUCCAACUUGGAAUAUUUCCAAAAUUCCCCAGCUUCACUUCCCGUGGAAAAUUUCUGCAAAAUUUACCAGAAAUUUUCCACCCCUUUGCGACCCUAUAGUCAAAUAUGUAAAUCCUUUAAGAAGAACCUGACUGUGUGUGUCUGUUUUUGAAAACAGGUCCCCAGAGACGCGGCAGAGUCAGAGAUGUUUGAUAUUUCAGGUAAACUCCGGUAUAAAUAAAGAGAGAGUAUUAACUUGGGAGCAGCUGGCUGAAGGUGACUGGUUGUCAAUGUGUUCCUACUGCAGUUGCAUUCAGCCAGGGUCAAAGGUCGGGGUUAGGCAUGUAUCGCUUAUGGUUGAGGGUUAGGGCAAGCCUCUUGAGAAUGAAUAUGAGUCGGUGGCUUCAAAUGUGUGUGUGUGUGUCUGUGUGUGUGUGUGUGUGUGUGUGUGUUUUCAGCCCAUGGUUCACUGCCACUGGAGAUCUCUGAUCAAAGAGAAAUGUCUCGAGAAAUUUCCCCGCUGUACACCUCUGAGAGAGAAGGGUAUGUAGCUUACAUAUGGGAAGCUGUGUGAAGUAUAUGGUUUCCAGUGUUCUUAUAUAGAUGUGUGUGUUGGCAGGAGCCCUGUCUCCAGGUCCGUCUCUGCACUACAGGACAUCCCGGAGGUCCCGGAUGAAGUGCAUCAAAGAGCUACAGCAGAGUCUCCCGGGUAACACCAGUGAACGCCACAUUAGAGCUAACCAGCUGAAACUCUGAACAGAAAAGUUAUUGCUUCUAUUUUUUAGAACAGUUGUCGAGGUUUUAUGUGUGUCUGUGUGUGUCUGUAGAUUGCUGCCGGAGUUGACCAGAGCGACACCUGUGCUUUUUCAGUCUCUUCUGCCGCCAGACUCUGACCGCCGAGCUGUCAGCAACAUUUUUCAGAGGCUGCUGGGUGAGGCUUUAGUUUCAGUUAUCGAUGAACACUCCCGUCAGUCACGAUGAAACUGUGUUAAUGUUACAGCAUCAACACCGCAGGAACGCUCAAAGCAAUAUGCAGUCUGUAGGCGUGAGUGGCUGUGAGUGUAGGAGAGAGUCAGGUCUAUGACAACAUUAACUGUCACUAAUAGAAACUUUACUAGGGCGCCAAGUGAUGAAGAGUAAGAAGGACCGAUUACAAGCAGAGGGGUACUGGAACAAACUUUUCUCGUUGUUUUCCAUCAGGUAGAUUUAAGCUAAGUCUUCUUAAAUUAUCUACCUGGGUGGUGUUUUGACUUUAAAGCAUAAUUCGAUGCAAACUAACUGCUUAAAGGUCCAGCAUAGUCUCUCAGUGUAGGACUACAGCUGUGCAGUAACUUUCACUGUGGGGAGUUUGGGGGGUUACAAGACCCACCACUAACAUCACAAAGGUUUUUGGACUUUUGAUGGACAUCACUCCACCUUUAAUCCAAACAAAGACUGGUAGAAAGUCAAUGCAGUGCCACUUAAAGGGAUAUUCCAGCAUAAAAUUAAUUUAGGGUGAAACACACCGUAACACCGAGUUAGACACCCCCUCAAGAGAUUAAUGUUGAAAACUGCUUGCUUCUCUAAUUAUACCAACUUUCGUAACGACCACACGAAAGCAAAUAUCCCUUUAAGGUUUUCUUUCUGACACAUGACUUUGUGGACAUGCAGAUUUUUCUCAAUAAGAACCAAUAAGUGGGCAAAAAUCUGAACACUGCAAGUCAGAAAUAUUUUUUGUUCAGUUCCCUUCAUGCAGUAAUCUUAGAUGUUAUAGUUUGAGCCUCACUCUAAAUGACUAUUUGUGCACAGAGAAUAUUUUUGAGCCUGCUCUGCAUGUUGAUAUUCAGGGUUUUAAACAUUUGCAUGCCUCUAUAUAUUUUGUAGCUUUGCAACACACUCAGUUAUAGCUAUUAUGAUGCAGAAGCAAAUUCAGGACUGAAGGAAAACAGCAUGUUGUUGUCAGAGGAAAAAUCUAGUUUUUUUUUUCAAACAGUAACUGAUGAUAAAUCCCAACAUUCCCAACGUGAAUCACUGUAAAUAGUUGGAAUUGUCCUUCCCUGUUUUGAAUGAAGCUAAUUCAAACAAUCUUAGCCACAGUUGUAUUAACAUUUUAACCACUACAGUGCCUUCAAAAAGUAUUCAUACCCCUUGAACUUUUUCACAUUUGUCACUCUACAACCACAAACUUAAAAGUAUUUUAUUGAGAUUUUUUGUCAUAAUAAAAUCUCAAUAAAAUACUUUUUUAAGGCACUGUAUGUAAAUCACAGACGGGGUCUCAGUCGUGUUUAUACUGGUUUCUAUUAAUAAAGGAAAAAAACGCAUAAAGCAUGUUUAAAGUUUUUCUCUACACUGAACUUUACGUGUUUCUUGUUUGUAGAAAUGUUAUCGGCCAAUAUGCUUCGUGUGGAGCAGAAUGAGCCUUAUGGUGACAUAUGGAUUUUAUCUGGACCCGGCUUUGAGGAAGCACUCCUGACUGGGAUACAAACAAGGUCACCUCAGUCCCCAUGAGCCUUCAAAACAAACAUGAAUGUUCAGUCUGAUAAAGAAAUGUUUGUUUUUUUUGACAUUUUCUGUGUUGACGAAGACGUCAUAAAAGUCGGAUUAGUUUUUUUACCGAACACUCAAAGUGGCGUGUUUAAAACGAUUGAGGUUAUAUAGAUUUUAACUGUUUUUUCAUGAUGUUUUAUGACAUUUUUAUUCCAGAAUUCGUGUUUUAUAGAAGUGGUUUAUUUUCCUACAGGGACCAACAGACUUAUGAACUGUUUGAGAUUUCAGAUUUGUAUUUUAACUGUUUUAUUGAGAAGUUUUUAAAGCGUUGUUCGUUAUCCUGUGCUGAAAAAAUUCACAGCUGUGUUUCAGGUAUCUGUCCCUUUGAACAUGAACUACAAAAUAAAAGUUCUAUAAAAAUUCA